CCCUGCCCCGCUUUCCCAAUGGUCGCUGGUGGGGUUAGCGCGCGCGCGCCAUCCUCACCUCGCCAGGCAACCACAUUCAAGCCCGACCUCCGACGCGAGAACAUGGUCUCUAAAAUCAACCUUAUAUCAAGCUGGGAUUCCCUGAUCUUACAAAGCUGAUCGGAACUCAACUCCAAAUUGUCCCUCCAAGCCUAUUGCGACUUUACCCUCCGUCGCUACAAUGGACCGCUAUUCCGCAGACUCCAAGGCUGGGACCAUGCUUAGCAGCACCCUGUCGCGAGGCUUCAGCAAUGCUACGCUGCCCUCGGUCUCGGAGACGUCUACGCUUUAUGCACCUCCUCCCCAAUACUCCAGCAGUAGCAGUACGCGGUACUCGGAAACAUACAAGGCGCCUGAGCAGCAGGCAGGAUUGGAACCGGCCCGAGAAGCGCAACCAGGAUUGGAACACGCUUCACAAUCACAACCGGAGCCAUCACAAUUCCAACCACCACGACCCCAACAGCGAGAAUCAAGCUUCCCCGAAGACCUCCCCGCGCGCCCGUACAAGGGCCAAUCGCAAAGCUCCCGCGCCCAGCUGCGCAGCUGCUACAUCUGCUCCUUCUGGCCCUCCUACAGCCCCCGGCACAACCCCGACAAGAAGACGCGCUGGCGACAAGUCGUCAUGAUUCUCCUCCUCAUCAUGGCAACGGCAUUCGCGCUCUUCGAUACCAUGAUCCUCGUCUUCAACACGGAAAACCAGGGCUACUUCGCCGCCGCCUUUGUCGUGCUCGAUGUGCUUCUUCUCUGGCCGCUCGCCUGGAGCUUGGCGUUGAUUGGAGAUGCGGUGGGGCCUAGGAAGCUCUUUAGGUUCACGGUGGGAAGGAAGUUUUUCGAUGCCGUCCUUUUCACUGCCGUCGCGCUUUACGUCCUCUUCUUUAUUCUGGUGUGGGUGGCCAUUUUCCUUUGGGGCUUUCAAAUCGGGUGGUUGGUGAUUACGCUUUUGAUCAUUGCCAUGGGGUUCGUUGCGAAAGCGCCGAAGCAUUCUCCUGGGGAUGUGUGAGGCGUGGACUGGGACGACCGGCAAUCACUGAUGAGUCUGAGGAAAUAUUGCUGCUAGUUGUUGCCAAUUCAUUGUUGAACGACCAAAUCAGUGUAUCGUCAUCGCUGUCGAGAUAGCCGCCCGGUAUCGUAUGUACGUC